AUGUCAGAACAAAAAAUAUCUCUUAACAAUAUAGAUCUCAAUCACUCCUAUACUAUUAAAGAAUUUGAACUUAUUAAUGACAAACUAAAAAUGCAUACUUUGGAGAUUAAUGAAAACCCUAAUCUUUUUUCUCAACAAAAUAGUGAUACCAAAAAACACAGAGUUUAUAUAAUUCUUUUUACUAUUUGGGUUGACUUUAAUGUUGGAGGCCAAAGAACAAUAAGAGCACCUGACAUCUCUUUUACACCUAAAAGUAUAUCGUACAAAUUGACUCAUUCACAAUGCUGGAUUUUUCAAGGACAGCCUUUUACUCCUACCUUAGUUGUUGAGGCUCCAACACCAAAAACAUUUGAAAAUAAGAAAGCGUUAAAAAUCAAUUGUCCAGAGUGUAGUGAAAGUUUUACUGGACAUUAUUUUUUCUUAAAACAUUAUGAAAAUUAUCACGCACUUAAGCAAUAA